AGGAUCAAAAUCAACCACAAUCGAUUGGUUUGGACUAGUCAGGUUAGGGCAUUCGCUUUCAACUCUAAGAUCCGCAGCUUUAGCAUUCGCAAUCUGUGGGUAAGUUGAUUCAAAGGUAAUGGAGGGUGGAGUUGGAGGAGGAGCGGUGUCGGAGAAGCGAGAAGGAGAAGCUUCCUACACUUAUUGGGUGAGGGAAGCGAGGGAGGAUGCGGCACCGCUACCUGUUCCUCGCAAGCUCACCCCCGACGACCUUCUCAACUCUCAGCCCCCCACCCUAGGCUCCGUUUGGAAUCGGGCUGGGACUUGGGAGGAGAAAAACCUAAAUAAAUGGGCAUCUGAUAGAAUCAAGGAGUUACUUAUAUCGGUGGGGUCCUUGGAGUUCCCUAGUGGGAAAGCCGAAGUAUUGGACGUAUCGAAAUGCAUAGGCGAUGCAUUUUUGGUGACUGUGCGGAACAAGAAACGUGUUGGCUACACAUAUGAGUUAACAUUGAAAUUCAAAGGGGAGUGGUCGAUUAAAGAAGAAAAGAAGAUGGUCAAGGGCCAUAUUGAUAUACCGGAGUUCUCUUUUGGUGAGCUGGAUGACUUGCAGAUGGAAGUAAGAUUGAGUGAAGAGAAGGAUCUUCCACACCAAGAUAAGUUGCGGAUUUGCCACGAUUUGAAGCUAUUUUUGCAGCCUGUACGUGAAAAAUUGCUUCAGUUUGAACAGGAAGUCAAAGAUAGAUAGAAGAGGCACCAUUGUUUUUGUCUAUGACGGAACCCAUGGUUUUUAUCACGGCUGGUGAACUGUAGUUGUAUUUUUAAUCUCUAACUGCAAACCUGUUUUUCAAAUUCGUGUAAUGGAACAUGAGGCUCAUAAGGAGGCGAAACUUUUAAGUUUUUCCUGUGUCGCUUUAGUUAGUUCUAAAAGCCUAAGAUAUUACUUGGACAUGGUGAUAAACUCUGUGGGGAUGCAUCCUACAAUUAGUAAGAGUAGCAAUCUUUCAUGCA